AUGCGUGAGAUCGUUCACCUCCAGACCGGCCAAUGCGGUAACCAAAUUGGUGCUGCCUUCUGGCAAACUAUCUCUGGCGAGCACGGCCUCGACAGCAAUGGAGUCUAUAACGGAACCUCCGAGCUCCAGCUCGAGCGCAUGAGCGUCUACUUCAACGAGGCUUCCGGCAACAAGUAUGUUCCUCGCGCUGUCCUCGUCGAUCUCGAGCCCGGUACCAUGGACGCCGUCCGUGCCGGUCCCUUCGGUCAACUCUUCCGACCCGACAACUUCGUUUUCGGUCAAUCCGGUGCCGGAAACAACUGGGCCAAGGGUCACUACACUGAGGGUGCUGAGCUUGUUGACCAGGUUCUGGACGUCGUUCGCCGGGAGGCUGAGGGCUGCGACUGCCUCCAGGGUUUCCAAAUCACCCACUCGCUCGGUGGUGGUACCGGUGCCGGUAUGGGUACAUUGCUGAUCUCUAAGAUCCGUGAGGAGUUCCCCGACCGCAUGAUGGCCACCUUCUCCGUCGUUCCCUCCCCUAAGGUCUCCGACACCGUCGUCGAGCCCUACAACGCUACCCUCUCGGUCCACCAGCUGGUCGAGAACUCGGACGAGACUUUCUGCAUUGACAACGAGGCUCUGUACGAUAUCUGCAUGCGCACUCUCAAGCUGUCCAACCCUUCGUACGGCGACCUGAACCACCUGGUCUCUGCUGUCAUGUCUGGUGUCACCACUUGCCUGCGAUUCCCUGGCCAGCUCAACUCCGACCUGCGCAAGCUGGCCGUGAACAUGGUUCCCUUCCCUCGUCUCCACUUCUUCAUGGUUGGCUUUGCUCCUCUGACCAGCCGAGGUGCUCACUCUUUCCGUGCUGUCACUGUUCCCGAGUUGACCCAGCAGAUGUUCGACCCCAAGAACAUGAUGGCUGCCUCGGACUUCCGCAACGGUCGCUACCUCACAUGCUCUGCCAUCUUCCGUGGUAAGGUCUCCAUGAAGGAGGUCGAGGACCAGAUGCGCAACGUUCAGAACAAGAACUCUUCCUACUUCGUCGAGUGGAUUCCGAACAACGUUCAGACCGCUCUUUGCUCGAUCCCCCCUCGCGGCCUGAAGAUGUCCUCUACCUUCGUUGGCAACUCGACUGCCAUCCAGGAGCUCUUCAAGCGCGUUGGUGAGCAGUUCACUGCCAUGUUCCGACGAAAGGCCUUCUUGCAUUGGUACACUGGUGAGGGUAUGGACGAGAUGGAGUUCACCGAAGCCGAGUCCAACAUGAACGACCUGGUCUCUGAAUACCAGCAAUACCAGGACGCUGGUGUUGACGAGGAAGAGGAGGGAGAAUACGAGGAGGAGCUUCCCAUGGAGGAGGAGUAA